CUUCUGUCUGCUACCUAAGCUGCUGAGCAGGAGAUGGCCGAGGACCCAGGCUCCGGCAGGCCUGCAGGGAGCAUACCGCCGCAACUCCAUGUCGCAGUCAGGGCUCGUGUCUUCAGCUCUGCCGCUUGGAUAUGAUGGCUGCCACAGCUCUGUCCUGGUGCCUGGGCCUCUCCGUCAUCCUCCUGUGCCCGGCUACACCUCGGGCGUCUGCAGAGGUGAAGGACUGUCCCCAUCUCGAGUGCUUCUACAACUCCAGAGCCAAUGUCUCCUGCGUGUGGAGCCGGGAAGAGGCCCUUCAGGCCACCUCCUGCCACAUCCAAGCCAAGUCGAGCGGCCGGACCUGGAAUGAAACCUGUGAGCUAUUUCCCGUGAGGCAGGCAUCCUGGGCCUGCAACCUGAUCCUCGGGGACCUAGAAUUCCAAUCACUGACGGCUGCAGAUACCCUCAACAUAAGCGUGGUGUGCUGGGAAGGGAAGGGUUGGCGCAGGGUGAAGACCUGUAAAUUUAAGCCCUUUGAGAACCUCCGCCUGGUGGCCCCUCACUCACUCCAAGUUCUACACAUUGAAACCCAGAGCUGCAACAUAAGCUGGGAGGUCUCUCAGGUCUCUCACUACAUUGAUAGAUACUUGGAAUUUCAGGCCCGGACACGUUCCCUGGGCCAAAGCUGGGAGGAUGCACGCCUGCUAAGCCUUCAGCAGAGACAGCAGUGGAUCAACCUGGAGACGCUUACCCCCGACACCUCAUACGAGCUCCAGGUGCAGGUCAGGGCCAAACGAGGUGAACACAGCACCUGGAGCCCCUGGAGCCAGCCCCUGGCCUUUCGGACAAGGCCAACAGAUUCCGGGAAGGAGACCCUGGCCCUACCAUGGCUCAGACACCUUUUACUGAGCCUUGGGUGUGCUUUUGGCUUCUUGGUCUGUGUCUACGUCUUAGUCAAGUGCCAGUACCUCGGCCCAUGGCUGAAGACAGCUCUCAAAUGCCACGUCCCAGACCCCUCUGAGUUCUUCUCCCAGCUGAGCUCCCAGCACGGAGGAGACCUUCAGAAAUGGCUCUCCUCGCCCUUCCCCUCAUCCUCCUUCAGCCCAGCUGGUCCUGCCCCUGAGAUCUCUCCACUAGAGGUGCUGGAGGGAGACACCAAGGCCAUGCAGCUGCUCCUGCUACAGCAGGACACAGCCCCCUCACCCUCGCCCAGCGGCCACUCCCAGACCAGCUGCUUCACCAACCAAGGCUACUUCUUCUUCCACCUGCCCAACGCCUUGGAGAUCGAGUCCUGCCAAGUGUACUUCACGUACGACCCCUGCGCGGAAGAAGAAGAAGACGUGGAGGAGGAUGGGCCUGGGCGGCCCGAGGGAUCUUCCCUCCCUCCUCUGCUCCCUCUGGCUGGGGAAGAGGAUGACUACUGUGACUUCCCACCCAGAGAGGACCUGCUGCUUUUCUCCCCCAGCCUGGGCACCCCCAACACUGCCUUUGGGGGCGUAGUCGCCCCGGAAGAGAAGCCUGCCCUCUCCCUGCAGGAAGGACUUCCCCCCCUCCCAUCUCCUGACCUGAUGAUGGGCUUGCAGUGCCCUCCGGAGCUGGUGCAGGGAGGUGAUGGAGAGGGGCUGCCUGCUGGAAGCUCGGGGGAGCAAGCCAGUGUCCCUGAAGGCAGCCCUCGUGAGCAAGGCCAGGACACGGCCCGGGCCUCCGAGCUGCCUCCAAACACUGAUGCCUAUCUGUCUCUUCAAGAACUACAGGCCCAGGAUCCCGCCCACCUGGUGUAGACUAGGUCAGGUCGGGUUUGAGGGGGACCGGAUGAGGACUGUUCCUGGCUAUCCGCACCCCAACACUUAGUCAUCCUCUUCGGAGCUCCACUUGCUGCUCUCUGGUCCACGCAGGAUCUGGGGUGGGGAGGGGCGGUCAGCUCCACCUCCCUCUCUAGUCGUGAGGUCACUAGCUUCCUGUACCUGCCUUGCUCCUGCUCACCUUCACAGAGCAGCCGGAGCCUGCUUCCCCAGACACAGUUGUGCCCACACUCCUCUUCUGUCCUUGAGCUUGCCGUGGCUCCCUACCCCUCCGCACCCUUCCCUGUCCCAACUCUUGCCUCGCCAGCACUGCUGUGGGACAGCUGUCCUCGGGGUGUGACGUGGCUGCUGCUGUCUCAAUCAGAGCAGCUGCGUCUACCCAAACUAAGAGAGCCUGCUAAGACUGGUUGCAGCCUGUUGACUGUUGACAUUCUCUCAUAGAAGGAGGGGGAUAGGAAGGGUCACCAGACUGUCACCAGAGAUUCCAGCCACUCUGUUGCCUGCCAUCUCCAGCUAUGUGUAAUUCCGCCCCUGGUGCAUGUGUUCUUGGAAGAUGCCGGCACAUGCCGGGGGUGGUGGUGGUGGGGGGAUUGAUUGAAGUGAGGACUCCAUCUAUGUAGCUAUAGUGACACCAUCCCCUGUUCUGGGGUGGGAGUUUCUGUGAUGCAGCUGUUUUGGAGUCCCCUAGGCUCCUGUAAGUAAGCCUCUAAGACUCAAAGGUUCACCAAGCUGGACUUGUGGAUUCCUGCCUUUGAUGCCAUAUAUGAGAGAAGUAGAUAUCCGUUCAUGUAUUCCCCCCACCCCGCCACUCUCCCCCAAAAAAGCAUACACAACAAGCACUGUGUCAGCAUUGUGUCCUUUGUGGAAACCUCACAAGGAUCCCACGGGGUCCCCUGGAGUCCCCCUCUUGAGUGACACCCAUUGGGGCACUGUUUGUUGUGCCUCCCCUAGGUGACAAACGUCCCUCACCUUCACCUGUAAGUCCUGCUUCCAAGGGCAGUGCGGCUUCCCUAGCACACUCACACUUCCCUGGUCCACACUAGAAGGAGUUGAUGGGGAUAAUGCCUGCCCCAUCUUCCUUCUUUGGAGCUGUCUCUUGACCUCCCAGGGAUGGGCUCAGCGUGAACACAAAUACCUACGCGCCAGCGGCUGAUGUAUCUUCCCACGCCCACCUCAUCAGUUCACGAGGGAGCCUGCAGGAAGGUUAGCGCCACCUAGUCCCAGCAGCCCAGGCAAAGAGAACACCUAUGCCUAGGUGUCCCAUCUCACCCUCAGAGGAGAGUGCUGCUCUCUAAGGCAGCUCCUCCAGCACAGGUCUCAGUGUCUGUCACUGCUCCAGGGUUGGUGGCACCAUGCUGAUCAGUCAGAUCCUAUCUCCUAAGGGAAGCAGAAACCCAGGCCUAGCUAAUGGAUGCCCUGUCCACAGUGCCUGCCUCAUGGUUCCUGCUCAUACUCAUUGGCUGCCUGGCCAGACCACAGGCCUACAAGCUGAUUGGCAGCCUGAGCAUAGAGGGUCUGUCACAGAGGCUGGGCCUGAUCUAACCAAGCAGAUUAUCUCUCCAUCAGAUGUCCUGGGAGCUGGUGCUUGAGACAAGGCCCCAAAGCUUAGCAAGAAAGGAUGAGCCAAUGCAGAGGGUGUUCGGGUCCCAUGCAAGAGUUUUCCUGCCUACCAGGGUUCAGAAGUCCUGCUUCCUUCUGUAUGAAAUCCCACACAUCCCCUCCUGCCACAGGAUGCUGUCUGCGGCCAUCCUCCUCUGUCUCAAUAAUGGAUUAGACCCAAACUUCGCAUCCAUACUCUUGACUGUGUAUCCUGGGCAAAUGUAAACCUUUGGAAUUCCUUUGCCUUAGCUCCCAAACAGAAGUAGAACUUAUUUCCACUGUCUGAAGAGGCCUGAGGAGGAUUUGGUUCUCUCUCUUUUAAUGAUCUGUGCAUGCCGUCUUUGUAAUUAUUCCCUAAGAAGUUUUUAACUCCUUCUUUUUUUUUUUUGUUUGUUUAAAUACACAUAUUUAAAGACUUUUCAUCAUAUCACUUCUGUGGCUGGAAAACUCAAUCUUUCUAUAAA